AUGGAUGAUGCUCCAGCAUCCCUGACAGCCCAGGACAGCCCAGGACACCAGUUCCGGGACCACGCCCUACGCGCAUGGGCCAACAUGUAUCAGGAUUGGGCCCUGAAGAAGCGCGCGUUGGGGCUCGUGCGCCGAAUGUUGGCUCUGCUGGCCCUGCACGGAGGGCGCGGGGUCAUCUCCCUGCUGGAGGAAGAUGGUGUCACGAUCUCCGGCCGGCAUGAUUUCCUGCAGAGUAUUAUUUCCUGCGGUGUCGGUGUGGACUUGGUGUGGACACCAACACAUAACACCCCCGAUCACGCCAUGAAGGUCGAUGAGGAAAUCGCAAGGCCAUCUCGUGAAUUGCAUCGGGGUCGCCCGCGUGGCCCCCGCCUUGGCAGUGACGCCCUCUGGCACGCUGGCACGCUGGCACGCUGGUCUUUGUCGAUCUCUAUGUCCCAGCUCCCACCUUGUUUUGUAGCCCACCCUUCUCCCCACCGGACCGCAUAG